AUGGGUGGCGGAAACGGUGCAAAGGCCCAGCAGGCUCGCGAGCGCAACGCUGCCAAGGCGGGCAAGGGUCCCUCGUCGCAGCUCAAAUCGAACGCGGCGGCUAUGUCGAUCCAGUGCAGCGUCUGCAAGCAGGCGUUCCAAAGCACUUCGAAGAGGCCAAUGCUUGAGCAGCACGUCGACUCCAAACAUUCGAAGCAGGGCUUUGCGACCUGCUUCCCCAACUACACUGGUUAG